CUGCAAUGGAGGAGCGUGCACCUAGUCGUCUGUAGUGCUGCUGCAUGCGCCGGGAGCAUGUGCAGCGGGAGCAGCAGCGGCAGUCAGAGCAGUUCGAGCAGCGUUUGAAUCCCUGCAACGACGGCAGCUCGGCUCGUUGAAAAUGAGCGCGUGCGAAGCGGCUGAGGAUGAGGGAGUCGCCGAGUCGCCAGCCGGUGGGAAGACAGUUGAGGAAACAGAGUUGGCUAAAUCCAAUGGCCAUGAGCAGGAGUCCAAGUCAAAGUCGAGGUCGAAGUCGAAGCUGAUGGAGCAACAGUCGGAGAAAAAGGUGGAGCAUCAAGUGGAAGCGAUAACGGAACAGUCACCGCAACCGCAACUGCAACCGGAACCGGAACCAGAACCGGAGCCGGAACCAGAGCUGGUGCAGGCCAGCACACGGAGUGUACUCGAUGCUGUGACAGCACCCUCCAUUGAGGCAUUGGUUAGCUGCAAGGAAGUCCUACUGGCGCAGAAGAUCUUCGCCAGCGGCGGCACCGGACCCAAGGAGCUGCUCAAGCUCAAGGAGCCAAUGCGUGUGGGAUUCUAUGACAUUGAGCGCACCAUUGGCAAGGGUAACUUUGCUGUGGUGAAGCUGGCCAGGCAUCGCAUCACCAAGAACGAGGUGGCCAUCAAGAUCAUUGAUAAAUCGCAAUUGGAUCACACAAAUCUGCAGAAGGUCUAUCGCGAGGUGGAGAUCAUGAAGAAGCUCAAGCAUCCCCACAUCAUCAAACUCUACCAGGUGAUGGAAACCAAGAACAUGAUCUACAUCGUCUCGGAGUACGCCAGUCAGGGUGAGAUAUUCGAUUAUAUUGCCAAGUACGGACGCAUGUCGGAGUCGGCGGCCAGGUUCAAGUUCUGGCAAAUCAUCUCCGCCGUGGAGUACUGCCAUAAGAAGGGCAUUGUGCAUCGGGAUCUCAAGGCGGAGAACCUUCUGCUCGACUUUAGCAUGAACAUCAAGAUAGCCGACUUUGGUUUCUCCAAUCAUUUCAAGCCCGGCGAGCUACUGGCCACAUGGUGCGGUUCUCCGCCCUAUGCCGCUCCAGAGGUAUUCGAGGGCAAGCAGUACACGGGUCCCGAGAUUGACAUCUGGUCUUUGGGUGUUGUGCUGUAUGUUCUGGUCUGUGGUGCACUGCCCUUUGAUGGCUCCACGCUCCAGAGCCUGAGGGAUCGUGUGCUAUCCGGUCGCUUUCGGAUACCGUUCUUCAUGAGCUCCGAGUGCGAGCAUCUCAUCCGUCGCAUGCUGGUGCUGGAGCCAACGCGUCGCUAUACCAUUGAGCAGAUCAAGCGCCAUCGCUGGAUGUGCCCGGAGCUGCUGGAGCAUGCGCUAAUUGCCAAAUACAAUCUGAACAUGGAGCGGCAGGCGGUGCUCGAGCCCAGCGAGGAUAUACUCCGCAUCAUGGCCGAGUAUGUGGGCAUUGGGCCGGACAAGACGUGUGCCAGCUUAAAGAAGAACACCUACGACCAUGUGGCUGCCAUCUAUCUGCUGCUCCAGGAUCGCGUCUCCCACAAGAAGGAGCAGACGCAAACGAAGCCCACGGAAUCCGGCAGCAGUCGGUUGCUCUUCAAGAGCAGCAAGCAGGCUCUGGUGCUGGAGCAGUUGCCCACACAGCAGCUGCUGCAGCUUCAUCAACAGCAGCAGCAGCAGCAACUACAGCUCCAGCAGCAACAACAACAGCAGCAGCAACAACAACAACAACAGCAACAUCAGCAAUCAAAGACAAUAUCCACCACGAUCCUGGCCAAGGAUUCGAUACACAAAAGACUUAGUCGCCACCAGACUGUUUUAAUGAGUGAGCGCUCCACUGCCGAUCCCUACUAUGCGGUCAAGCAGCAGUCCCAUCCCCAUGCCCAUGCCCAUAUCCGUUACAUGAACGGUAACGGUAACGCUGACGAUGCUCACGGACCGACUCAGACUCCGAGUCCGUGUCCGAGUCAGGGUCAAAGUCAAAGUCAAAGUCCGAGUCAGGGCAUAGCAUUGCCCACUAGGUAUACCCCACUGCCGGGCAGCAGCUGCACUGCCUCAUCCCGGGUUAGCCAUCACAGCCUAAAUUCACCGCGCAGCAUUGCCGCCGCUCCACGUCCCGUCGGCAUCUCGCUGAGCAUUGACAAUACCAGCAGCAGUGGACAGCAGAUGCCAUCGCUGGGCAAUCUGCGUUGCCGGGAGCUGCUGCUCAAUGCCAGCCAACAGCUGGAGCAGGGAGCACAUAUGCAUCUGGCAUCGCCGGCGCCCAAGCAGCUUCAUCAGACUAUUAGCGAGUACAUAAUCAAGCAGAGCACCGAGGAUUGUCGCCAGCUGCUGCAGCAGUCCACUGCCAUCGCCGAGGCGAAGAAGGAGACAAAGACGAAGAGGGAGAAGGAGAAGGAGGAGGAGCACAUACCAGAUCAUCUGACUGCCUCGACGCCCAGUGUCGAUCACAACAAGACAAUAAAACCCAUGUCCAGCUCGAACAGUUUCGAUUCCACCACAAAUCUCAAUCAAAGCUUUCGCUUCAAGAUGUCAGCCGAAGCCAACCGACUGUUCCAGACUCUGCAGGAGAGUCCAUUGCCCAUUGAGAAACCUAAGCGCAAGGGAGCAACUACAAAUGGAAACAGCAAUGGCAUUGCCAGCGAACCAGGAAAACCAGCUGAGGAGUCUGGACAGGAAUGCAAACCAAAUGGAGAUGGGCGCGAGAAGAAGACUUUUGAGAAGAAGGUGCUGGCCCAGGGCAGCUCCAGCACCGACGAGGGCUGCGAAACGGAUCAGGGCAAUGAGGGUGCCAAGGAGGGAUCGCAAUCCUCGACGGAUCUGACCAGUGCGCAGGCAACCCGGACACGCUCCUAUGCCAGCAGCAGCAGCUCCAGCGGCGUCCUCGCCGGCAGCUAUUCGAAGAGCCUCAGCCAGAAUCUGAGUCGCGGCUCCUCGAAGAGCAACUGCAGCGCCUACGAGAGCCUUGACUUUGUGCUCCCCUCCGUGCCGGAUAUUGCCGGCAGUCUCCCCUCCUGCAUGAGCAACUCAAUGCUGGCCGCCACCGCUGCAGCUGCAGCAGCUGCUGCUACCUCUGCCUCUGCCUCCGCGUCAGCCUCAGCCUCAAACUCCAUUUCCAUCUCCAGCGAGCACUCGUCGGAGCGUUCCCUGUACAGCAGCCACAACUCAUGCAUCCAUAUGCCCAGUGCGUUGAAUUUGCUGGCGACACCGCCUCCGACACAGGGCCAAGGUCAAGGUCAGGCGCAGGCGCAUGGACAGCCAACCAACCAGUCGCCGGCGCCGCCGCCGCCGCCCUUUGUGGAUAAGCGAUCGCCCAUCCACUUUCGGGAGGGUCGCCGCGCCAGCGACGGUCUGGUGGCCCAGGGAUUGCUCAGCUCCAGCUCGCUGCUGGGCGCCAGCCGCGUCUACGGCAGCUAUCGAUAUGAGCAGGCCAAACGCCACGGCUGGCUGGAGAUCCAGCAGCUGCAGCAGGAGGCAGCUGUCUAUGCGCCCGGACAUGCUCACGGCCAUGGACAUGGUCAUGCUCAUGGGCAUGGUCAUAGUCAUGGUCAUGGUCACGGUCACGGUCACAGUCAUGGUCAUGGUCACCUCGCACUGGAGGAGCUCAGCCUUGCCAAUUGUCAAUUUACACACGGUCAAUUUUAUGCCAUGCCCGUGAAGCCGCACCAGCAACUGCAUCAUCUGCAGCAGCAACAGCAGCACCAUCACCAGCAACUGUCCUAUGUGCCGCCUCCGCCGCCGCCGCUGCUGCUGGAAGCGGGCACUGAUCUCUAUGCCAGCCAUGGUCACGCCUGUUAUGCACCACCGCCGCCUCCGCCGGGCGUGUAUCCGCAUCCGCACCAGCACCAGCAUUUGGUGAGCAGCAGCGGCGGUGUGGCCAUGUCACCCAUGUCGCCCAUGCAGAAGCCGCCGCUGCAACAGCAGCUGCUGCAGCAUCGCCUGCUCCAGCAGAAGCGACAGCUCUUCCAGAAGCAGUACGCUCUGGAGGCACAGCUGGCGGGUCGGCAUCAUCAUCAUCAUGUCCAGCACGUCCAGUACAAUCACAGCCAUGUGCACGCCGUGGUGUCACCAGCACACACACACGCACAUCCACAUCCACAUCCCACAUCCGAACAGCAUCUCGCCGAGGAUCUGUACGAGCUGGCCAUGCUCGACCGACCCAGGAGUGGGCCACCGCGUCUGCAACACUCGCUGACCAUGCCCGGAGCACAUGCCUUCAGUCAAAUGAACCUGAAGACAUCCUACAUUAGCCAGCCGGCAAGUGAAUCUCUGCCAGGUGUGGGUCAACAGGUCAGCGUAACCACAACAGCCACAGCAUCGGGUGCAUCAUCAGCGCCACCGCCGUCCACGACGCCAGCAACGCCACCAACAACUCCGCCACAGGCGCUGCUCAACAGCCAUGGAGGAGGAGCAGGAGCAGGAGCAGGAGCAGCAGGCGGAGCAGGAGGCGGAGGUCACGGGCAUGGUCACACUCUUGCUCAUGCUCACGGGCACAUGCAUCAUGGACUUGGCGAGGCCGAGUAUCAUGUGAGAUCACAGACAACGACACCGGUGCUCAGUCUGUUCACUCCCAGUUGGCAGACGAUGGUGAAGCCACUCAGCGAGAGUCCCAUUCUGGAGAUCUCCGAGCAUCUGGAAUCGGUGUGAGAUGCCCAUGGUGCACUGUGUGGCAAAAACCAUUUUAUUACGCUCGCAAUCGCAAUUAAAA